GCAGGGCGAAAGGUCAGACUGAGUGAAACUAACUGAAUAUGCGUGAUACAUGCAGGGCACUGUCUAGUUUGGUGUGCAGACCUGCCCAGUGCGGAGCAGGGCGUUUGGAAAGCGUCAUACCCGUUUAAACGUCGAAGGGCUUUGGUUAAAAGACAAUCAGCAGUGACAGCGGUGAGUGUGCGGGAUUCCUUCUAUUUUAGUGGAUUUUUCUCAUCGCAGUCUGGAUUUUGUAUUUAGAUGGUGGUGAUCUUUUAUUUAAUUACCACCGCGAUGAAGUUUGUGGGCAGUACGUUUUUGCUCGUGUGUGUCGGGUUGUUUCUGCUCGCCUCCCGAAGCGAGGGCGGGUGUGUGGAUUCGGGACUGUGUUGCGCAGGUAGAGACCACACCUGCGUCAGCGAGGGAUGGAGACCCGACAGGUCGCACGGGAGCUGCUACUGCGAUCAGGCGUGCGCAGCCACGCUGGACUGCUGUCAUGAUUACCGGCAAUUUUGUCCAGCGGUGUCCUGUGAGGUCAGUGAAUGGAGUGCGUGGUCUGGCUGUGCGGAGCCCUGUAAAGCCACAUUCCGUGUGCGGAGGAGGCAGGUGGUCCGGGAGCCGCAGAACGGGGGGGUGCCGUGCCCCCACGUGCAGGAAUAUGCUGGCUGUGCGGAGUACUGGAGUCGCCGGAGAGAGGAGUGCAGGCAGUCCUUCGUCCCAGCACUGAUAACGACAGGGGGUUAUGGGAACGCCAGGAGAAAGAGAGACGUGUCCACGGAGCAGGAGCUAUCAGGGUACUGUGUAGAGUUUCAGCUGAUGUUUCUCACUCCUGGCUGUCUCCACACCAGCGGCUCGCACACACGCUGGAUGCAGUACCUGAGGCACACUGUCUGUGUGGAGUGCCAGCCCCCAGCGCUCGGCUCCGGGCACCAGCAGUGCUAUGGGGAUGGACAGGAUGCGAAGAAGAAUCAGUUUCUCCAGUGGCAGGCUGUAGGUGCCCCGCGCUGUCGAGGAACAUGGAAGCGCAUUCGAAGACUGGCGUCCUGCACCUGCCCCACCGUGCACAGCUUCCUGUUCAUCUGAACCGGAGCUCUCGCUGAGACUCGGGUGGGGGGGGGGGGGUCACACGCUUUCACCAAUUAGCACAGGAACAAUUCUGAAUGGGGCUCCGACUGUGUGUGAUACACCCCAAGCCACAUGGAGAGUAGACAUGUCAAGAAGAUGGUAUUAGAUCCAUUGUUCGGUUAUAAAUCCAGUGUUUUAUCACAAUACUCUGAUAUUUCUACCUGAGAAAUGAAAUGACUGUGUGGCAAAUUGAGCUCCCUCAGUGAAGGAUAGGACACUCUUAAAAAGGGUAUGUGUUUUUAAAUGGAGUUGUGUUCCUGAACGCCCUGCAGUGUUUCUUAGAAACUCAUUGCUGUAUCCCUUGUGCUCUGUAACACAGCAAUAUAUUUCUCAUGAUUUUCUUUCAGAUUCAGGCAUCGUGGUGCUCAGAAAUCACCUGGGGAAUAUAUUUCUCAACUUUCACUGUGAAUCGUUUGCCAGGAGAGAGAAAUUGUCUCAUGAGCAUUGUAGUGUAUCCUGCCCCUCCUGUAACAAUGCUGGUGCUCUGAUAGAAAUCAGUGGGCUUUUGAGGAUCAGGGUGCAUGAUCUAGAUACACCAUGCUUGUGUGAGAAAUUCCUCUCUCUCUCGCGGAGAAGUUUCGAAAUACCCCAGCUCAUUUAGGAGUGUGGAAGACUAUCAGGAUUACAUUGUAAAAUGUAUUGCCGCAACACGCACUGCACACAUACAGGACACCUGUAAACACUGCAAGGGGCUCUGUAGCAAUCUGUAACAUAUUAACGUCCUGCCCAGGAGAGAAGGAGAAAUAAAACACUGAGCUCUGUUAUUGAUGUGCGUUUCACAUUGCAAAGUAAAGAAUGAGGGCAGGAAUUGUUUGUGGUAGAGCAGGCCUUUCUAGACAAGAGCGAGCAGUGUUUUUCACAGUGGAUAUUGCGAUGAGGUUUUGCUGUGGUCCUUUAGACCCCCAGUCUGUAUUGUCAUCUUUCCAUUGUUAAUACUCUUCAAAGUAGUUUACCAUUCUACCAAUAGUAGAAUCCUACCAUUGGAGUUGUCCUUGUGCUACCAUUACCCCUUUGUACAAACCCACGGCUUCAUUGCAAUUCAAGAUUGCAUUAUAUCGAAAAUACUGAAGAGUACCAGAAAGUGCCUUUUAAAUAUAUAGCUAACUUUAAUAUAAUUUAUAUAUAGACACAGUGUCCUUAUAGUAUUCAAAUCAAUACACCUUUUUUUUAAUGUAAAAUGAGUGAACCAUCCUGUGCCCUAAAAUGUUAGAAUUCUAUGAUUAUGUUAGAUACAGUGACGUUUUACCAGGACAUUUAGAAAACAAUUUGAGAGCUGGCAAACUUGUACACUUGUGUGUGUUGUGUUGAAAUUGGUUUCGUUAUUAAAGUACUUGUAAACCAGAUCAA